UCAUUAUUUAAAAAUAAGUUAAUAUUAAUGGCCGUCGACUUGGAUUCAGUGGUCGGACUCAUCCAAAAGAUUUAUUUAUUACAUGAAGAAAGAGUUGAUAUCUAUAAACUGUUUGAAGAGGGUCAUAAUAUAUAUUUGGAUUCAGCGCCUAAUUAUAAUUUUUCGAAAUUCCGACAAUUAGUUAAUAAUAUAACUCAAGAAUUUAAGCGAAUAUCCAAUUCAAUUAUAGCAAUUGAAAAACAGUUGCGAUUUAAAGGUGUCUUUAAAAUUGCUGAUAUUGUGACCAAAUUACAAGAUUUAGAGAAAACAAAGCUCGAGUUGAGCGCUAAGUUACAAAUUGCCAAACAAGAAGUCAUCGAUAAUACCAAUUCAUUAGAUAAAAGGGAUCUGAUUGUGGACAUCAAACAAAAAAUUAGAGAAAUCGUUGAAUUAAUUAAUCAACAAAUAUUGGAAUUAAGGCAUGAAAUGGUCGACUUUGAAGAAGUUAAUGAAGAAGCGUUUAAGAAGUUAAUUGCAAACAAACAAUACAUCUGA